UUCCGUGUAUCCAAUAUCUUCAAAAAAUCAAGUCCUCGUGCUCCAAGAUGUUUUUGUAAUAGACGUGUGAUACUCUCUGAAUGUGAUUACAAACUUGAACGUCGAUUAUGUUUUGUCUGUCCGAAUUUUUACAUCGAUGGUGCUAGACCAAAAUGUAGCUGGUUUCUCUGGGCGGAAGAAUUGGCUUUCAACAAACCCAAAUAUCCUCGACACAGUCAACAAUUACUUGAAGAU